UAUUCUCGCAGUUUAUCGCCUCGCCAUUUCGCGUUUCGCAAUUUCCAUUUCCCACCACCCAAAACUGCAAAGCACUCUUUUGCUGGAUCUGCAAAUCUUAUUUAUUGAGGUCUCUAGAUUUAGAUCUAGAUUAUCUACAUCUGGAAUCUUGCUUAAUUUAGAAAUAUUUAGAUCUAUAUUAUCUUGAUCUAUAAUCUAUACCUAGAUCUAUAACUAGAGAGGCUAGAGGUAGUCCUAGCCUACAUUGAAAAACAUCAACUCCAAAUUCCGCGGGAAGCAAGAAUCAAAUGUCGACUUUGUUGAAUGCCUGUAAGGAACUAUUCGGCACUGACAAUUUUUAUGAUGUUUUGGGUAUCGAGAAAGAUGCAUCAAAACAGGAGGUGAAGAAAGGCUACCAUAAAAAAUCACUGACUUAUCAUCCAGACAGAGCCUCAACUGAAAAUAAAAAAACUGCAACACACAAGUUUCAGAUCCUUAGCCAGGUUUAUAAUAUUUUAUCUGAUGAUCACUGUAGAGCAGAAUAUGAUGAAACUGGAAAUGUUGAAGAUGCAGUUGUUGAUCAAGAUAAAGAUUGGGAGGAGUAUUGGAGAUUGUUAUUUCCAAAAAUCACUACUAAAGACAUACAAGAAUUUUCAGAAAAAUAUAGAGGAUCUGAAGAAGAAUUGGAUGACUUGAGAACAAUAUACAUUUCUAGCAAAGGAGACAUGGAUAUUAUAAUGGGCAAUAUGUUGUGUAGCACACCGGAUGAUGAAGCCAGAUUUACCAACAUACUUAAAGAAUUCAUUAAAGAAAAAAAGGUUCCAGCUUUUGACGCCUUCAACAAGGAGAGUAAAAAAAAGAAGAAUUUGCGUACCAAGAAGGCUGAGAAAGAAGCCAAAGAAGCUGAAAAAGAAGCCAAAAUCUUAAAGCUCGAUGACAGUGAAGAUUCACUUGUCGCUGCUAUUAGACAGUCAUCCAGAGCUAGACAGGCUGAUAGUUUUUUAUCACAGCUGGAGGCUAAAUAUGCUGAUAGUUCAAGUAAAGCAAAGAAAGCCGUCAGGAAGAAGAAAUGUUGAAUAAUUUGAAAAGAUAUAUCUUAUAAUUUAGAAAUGUUAUCUAUGUCUACACUACAUUCUAAGCAAUGAACAAGAGAGACAAAUAGUGAAUGUGAAAGAUUGUUUAUUUUAGAGUUUCUUACCUUGCCUGUUUCAGUACACUUAAAAUAUGAAUCUCUUUCUUAUCUGAAUUCUAGCAUUAAAUUUUAAGAAUCCUAAUUAUUUCACAGAACUCAGCACUAGAAUUAGAAUUGUAAAGUUUGCCAUUAAGAAUUAAAAUGUAUUUCUUUCUGUUUUUUAUACCUAUGAUAGGCAUGAUUAAUAUUUAAUAUUAGAGAAAACACUAAAUAAACCUAAUGGAGUUAAUACCACAUCAAAUUUAUCUGUUUUGUUUAUUAACUUAUUGCCACAAUAUACUCUUCAAGUGGUAAAAUCUGCAUUAAUUGUAAUUAAGCAUUUUAGGAAACUGUAUGCUGUUUAUACAUUUUAGGAAACUGUAUGCUGUUUAUAUUUCAAUUGAAAUAAAGUUCAUAUAAUAUCUAA